AUGGCGAACGUUCUAUUAAGUGAAGCUGAAAAAACAUACAUCUUUCAUGGAAUACAGAAAAACCUCCGAAAUGAUGGGCGCACUAAUCGCGAGUACAGACCAAUGGAACUUGAAUCGGAAAUAGUUGUUCAUGCUGCCGGUUCGGCUCGGCUCCGAAUGGCCAACACGGAUAUACUGGUAGGUGUAAAAGCUGAAAUCGACACACCUCACCCUGACCGACCCAAAGAGGGCAAGCUUGACUUUUUCAUCGAUUGCUCUGCGAACGCCGCACCCGAGUUCGAAGGCCGUGGAGGUGAACAGUUGGCUACGGAGAUAUCAAAUACCCUGGCCAAAGCAUACGAAUCGCGGAAAGGUUUCGAUUUGUCCGGUUUGUGCAUAAUGGCCAAACACCAGUGCUGGAAAUUGUACGUAGACGUCCUAAUAUUGGAGUGUGGAGGAAAUUUGUUUGAUGCAGUGUCGUUAGCCGUGAAAGCAGCGCUAUUUAACACAAGAAUUCCACGCGUCUCAACUGCAAUGCAUGACGGUGGUGCAAUGGAUUUAAUACUUUCCGACGAUCCGUACGAUUGUGAACGUUUAGACGUCGCAGCUGCGCCUAUUCUAGUGACAGUUUGCAAGAUCGGUGACCAGUGCGUCGUGGACCCAUCGGCCGAAGAGGAAGAAUGCUGCGUUGCAAGUGUAGCGAUCGGCGUUUCUAGCAGUCCGAAUGGAGUGCAAUCGAUAACCACGGUGCACACCGCAGGCAAGGGAUCGAUCCGCUUAGAUACGCUUAAGAAGUGCUUCGAUACGGCAACCAGCGUUGGUGCAACGCUUAACCACGCACUGAUGUGUGCACUUAAGCAGGAUGAGCAAAGAAAUUCCAAGGGCCUAGGCAAACGCGAAAUUGUUGGCUUUUUGAAAUAA